GGAACAUGCCGCGCUCCUUCCUGGUGAAAACGCACUCCAGCCACAGGGUCCCCAACUACCGGCGGCUGGAGACGCAGAGAGUGUUCUAGAUGCUAUUCCUGAUCAGAAGUCUGAUUUGCAAAUAUUUUCUCCUAUUCUAUGGGUUGUCUUUCUCUACCCAAAGCCUCAGCAUGGAGGUAGAAACAGAGCCAGAGAUCUAUUUUAACACAUCUAGAGUAAGAAAGGGAUUGAGGGCUGUUGGGAGGUUUUGGCUUUGGGGAAAUACAGAAUUUAACUCUUGCCUGCAAACUAACCUGUUUAUUUGGGGGCUGCUACCCUUAAGUGGACCAACCAUGUGGUGUGUGGUGUGCCGGCCCCCAAAUUCGGGAACCACCAUCCUGGGGAGGAGCCCAGCCAGGGGCAAUUCUGAAAGCCUGGGCCAGAGCACCCCAGCCAUGUGGCUCGGCUGCGUUGAGAGCACAGCAGAGCGGGCACUGGUCAGCGGUCAGGGAGGCUUCUGAGCUCACUGCCUCAUUAUCCACAAAAGGAGAUGCCCGAGGGGUAGCUGUCGGGUGACUGGAGGGUGAUUAGUUAUGAGGGGGCUGAUUUUACACUCAGCCAGCUCCUUGCUGCCAAGUGUCUGACUUAUGGGUGCUGCGUGGGCGCCUGGAGGAUGCCGGCCCAGGCUGGUACCCCUCUGCGGGGGCGGUGGGGGGGCACUCAUCAGAGGGACCCGCCCAGCCGAGGCGUAAAGGCCCUCCUUUAGCCACGAGGCCUGUUUCAUGUUCCUGAACACGAAGGGUCCUGUCAGAUGUUUCUUUGUGUUUAAAGAGGAAGUGAGAUUCACUCUCUAGACUGCGGGGCCUUCUUGUUCUAGAUGACUCCACUCCUGGCCAUGCUGUCACUUCCCUGCACAGCACCGCCAGCUCCCUUGCAAGCUGGGUCUGCAUGCGGGCUCCCGGCUACACCUCCCAUGCCAGGCUGCUGAUGGGCUGGGACUGGGCCCAUGAAUCGGAGCUGGAAACACAGAGCGCUGGGGACUCAGUCUUCAUCUGUAUAUUCUCUCCCCUCCACCCCUCUAGAAAUCAAUGGUGCCUGCUCUGCCUGUGGGGGGCUGGUGGUGCCCCUCCUCCCCCAAGACAAGGAGGCCCCUUCUGUGCCCGGUGACCUUCCCCAGCCCUGGGACGGCUCCUCAGCCAUCGCCUGCAUCUCCCUGCCCCUCCUUCCACGGAUCAAGGAAGCUCUGGGGGCCUCUGGGCCGGACGCCUUGGAAGUCAGCCGGGUCGACCCUUGGGCCAGUUGGGCCCCCAUUGUACCCCUCAAAGACAGCCUGAACCACCUCAACCUGGCCCCACUGCUGGUGCUGCCCACACAGUGGUCCCCAGUCCUGGGCCCAGACGGGCACAGGGCUCCAGAAAAACUGCUUGGGGCUGAGCGGACGCCCCGAGCCCCCGGCGGCUUCCAAUGCUUCCACUGCCACAAACCCUACCACACCCUGGCCGGGCUGGCCAGGCACCGGCAGCUGCACUGCCACCUGCAGGCGGGGCGCGUCUUCACCUGCAAGUACUGCGACAAGGAGUACACCAGCCUGGGCGCCCUCAAGAUGCACAUCCGCACCCACACGCUGCCCUGCACCUGUAAGAUCUGCGGAAAGGCCUUCUCCAGGCCCUGGCUGCUGCAGGGCCACGUCCGCACCCACACAGGGGAGAAGCCCUAUGCCUGCUCACACUGCAGCAGGGCCUUUGCCGACCGCUCCAACCUUCGGGCCCAUCUGCAAACGCACUCGGACACCAAGAAGUACCAGUGCCAGCGCUGUGCCAAGACCUUCUCCCGCAUGUCCCUCCUGGCGCGGCACAAGGAGUCUGGCUGCUGCCCAGGCCCCUGAGAGGCACAGUCGGUGCAGGUAGGAGGAAUGGUCCUCACCCUGAGAGCUGGUGUCCCUCCUGCCGCCAGAGGAGCCGGGAGUCUGGGAGGGCAGGGCCUGACUUCAUACUUGGUGCAUCCUCCAUAUCUGUGUCCGGUCAGAACCAAAGACAUCCAGCGGGGCCACCGGGGCGGAGGACACUCACCCAGGCCUCCCACCCCACGGAGCCCACUCAGAGGAGACUCCUCUCCCAGUGAAGACUUUCAUCAGAACAAGAGCCAUGGUUCCAUUUCAAUGUGGUCAAGUCUCUGGGUCUGCCCUUCCAAGUCAGAGCCUUGGGGACGUGGCCACCAGCAUGGGCCGGCAGUGCCGCCAGAUGACUUGCAAGGCUGCCUCGUUCCCUUGCAGCAGAAAUGAACAGUUCGGACUUACAGUGAGCACGGCCGUGUGGUCCUUCCUCAGUAGGCACAACUACCUCUCAGCCGGUCCCUGCCAGCCUUUGGUUUGGGGUCUGGGACAAGUUGUCCCGUGUCACACGUCUACGCUCGUGUGCACAAACAUGUACACACACGCGCCCUCCCCACCUCACCAGACUCUCCAGAAGAUGGGGAAGGACUGGGGGAGCCCACAAUUGGUGGUUCGGGUGCGUUGGGAUGAGAUGGGGUGCCUCUGGGAUUUGUCCUGCUCAGAGCCUCAAGGGGCUGGGAUCUCAGGGCACUCAACUUCCCAGGCAAGAACAGCCAUGGGGUAAUAAAUGGUCUCUGCACACCUGCAUGUUCCAUUCUUCGAAGCUUUGAGUCUCGGCCAAUCCCCUGGUUCUGUGGAGGAGGUGGGACUCUGAGAAACUCCCUGAGACAGCAGGAUUCGGGGAUCACCUGGGGCCUUCAGCCACCAAGUAGGCAGGAGACUGGGUCAGGGCAUGCCACUGUGAAAAACUCUUCUGAGAGGUGGGGAUGCUGCCAUCGGGUGACCAGGGGCGCCGUCGUGGGCAGAAGCCAGCACAGAAGUGGGAGAGCAUCCCACGGCACAGAGGAACGGCCAAGAGGCUCCAGCUUGUGCUGGGUCGAGGGCCGACACCAAGGCAGGGGCAGGUGGUGUGCAGCUGGGGGCAUUGAGUCCUCCCAGCUGCCUGUCCCAUGGCACAGAGGAACGGCCUAGAAGCUCUAGCUCAUGCCGGUGAGAGGGCCGAGACCAAGGCCAGGGCAGGCGUUGUGCGGCUGGGGGCAGUGAGUCCUCCCUGCUGCCUGGUCAGAAGAGAAGACUCAGGGCUCCCGCUGCAGCCCUCACACGCUGCGAGGGUCUGACGUGAUCACUGCUGCCUCGCAGAGUGUCUGGGCCUCUGUCCACCCAUGGUACCUGGGGCAUCUGUCGAGUCCCAGACCCUUGCCCUGCUCUGCUGAGACACUGUGCCAAAUCGGCAUGGUUGUCUACACCCAACACCCCCAUCCCCGGAGUCCUGCUCCCCCCGUACAGUGGGAUGGUGGCAUUUCCUUCUUACAUGUGGCCUCUUCUCACUGCCAAGCUGCUGGGUGGCCACCCACUGGGCUGGUCCUCCUCUUCCCAGCAUGUCUCAACCUCUCCAGCUCAACCCCAGGGGCAGCAUCCAGGAAGGAGCGAGGAGGCCGCUCCUGGUCCCUGAUGCCUUCACUGAUGAG